GAGAGCGAGCUGGUUUGUUGGGAUGGCUGUGACCAUGUUGGUGACGAAGGUGGUGAGGGAGGGAGAAGUGUGUGGGGGGAGCUUUAGGAGGCGGGUGCUGUCUGGAUGCAUGUAAAAUUAAUAUCCUCUGGACUUUGCCUUUGCACUAGAUUGGAACUUGUCUGUUUGGCUAAUGACGUGCCUUCUGCCUGCACCACACACAAUCCACCCCCCUCCCGCCCUCUCUCCACUACCAGCCACCAACCAUCCACACCCCCACCUCUUUGCUUCUCCCUCUGCCAUCUCUCUCUUCCCUCCUUUUCAGUGCUUUGAGCGUGCGUAUUGGCUGGGCUGUUUGCGACUCGAUGCCAAAUAGGUGGGCCCUCUGCGUGUUGGCACAGACUCAGUCAAUGGUUAGAGACGGAAAGUGGAGAGGAAGAGAGAAAGAGAGAGACAGAGUUGGAGAGAAAGAGGGGGAAAAAAGAAGCUGCACUCGGGUUUGCCAGCGGUCGUGCACAGUCUUCCAACAUUGAUUCGGUCCUCUUGUUUUUGUUUUUUUUUUCCUUCUUCUCCUCUGUCCGCACCCCCCUUGUCCAGCUCUCUCUCUCCCUCUGCGUGAGUCUUAUGCAGAUCAGAAUUGAACCAAUAGCACGCGCUGCUUUGCCAGCCAUUUUUUUUAAUUUUUGUUUUUCAUCAAGAUAUUUUCUCUGCAUGUUUUUGCAAACAAAGAAAGAAGCUUGUUUUAAUUUUUGACAAUUUUAUCAUUUUGCUGCACUAUCUGUUUUAUUUUAUUUGUGCACACCCAGCUCCUUUUUUUUUUCAUCCUUUUAGACACAGAGAUUGCUAAACUUUCUACACUCCUUCUGCUCUGCUCUUGCACAGCACCUCUCCUGCAGCUCUUGCUACAGUACCUCCUGUGUUCUUGUGCUGGUAUUACACUGCGCCCCCUGGCCUGUCUCCUCUUUCUCAGCUUUUUUGCCCCCUGCUGCUUUUAUUGGACAGUUUAUCAGCUUCUUUUUUUGCUUCUUUUUUUUCCCCUCACUCUUUUGUUUUCUCAUAUACGCAGCAUUACUUCAGCGCCUUUUUUUGACUCUACAAUCCAGUUAUUGUACUGGCUCUGCAUUUUAAGUUUCUUUGCAAUCGACGGGGUGAAUUUAUGAUGAGAGAGCAAAAUGGAUGAAUUCCACCCCUUCAUCGAGGCCCUUCUGCCCCAUGUCCGCGCCUUCGCCUACACCUGGUUCAACCUGCAGGCCCGCAAGCGUAAAUACUUCAAAAAGCACGAGAAGCGCAUGUCCAAGGAGGAAGAGCGUGCAGUGAAGGAUGAACUGCUGGGAGAGAAGCCAGAGAUCAAGCAGAAGUGGGCUUCACGCCUGCUGGCCAAGCUCCGCAAGGACAUCCGGCCAGAGUUCCGUGAGGACUUUGUGCUCACCAUCACGGGCAAAAAGCCCCCCUGCUGCGUGCUGUCCAACCCCGACCAGAAGGGCAAAAUACGUCGCAUCGACUGCCUGCGCCAGGCUGACAAGGUGUGGCGGCUGGACCUGGUGAUGGUCAUCCUGUUUAAGGGCAGCCCCCUGGAGAGCACGGACGGAGAACGACUGGUCAAGUCACCACAGUGCACCAACCCUGGCCUGUGCGUCCAGCCACACCACAUCGGAGUGUCCGUCAAGGAGCUGGACCUCUACCUGGCCUACUUCGUCCACACGCCAGAAUCUGGACAAUCAGACAGCUCCAGCCAACAAGGGGACACAGACAUCAAGCCACCACCCAACGGGCACCUGAGUUUCCAGGACUGUUUUGUCACCUCAGGAGUGUGGAAUGUGGCAGAGUUGGUCAGAGUGUCUCAGACUCCCGUAGCCACAGCGUCGGGUCCUAACUUCUCACUGGCUGACCUGGACAGCAGCCCCAGUUACUACAACAUUAACCAGGUGGCUCUGGGGCGGCGCUCUCUCACCUCCCCUCCUUCUACCAGGUCUGAGGUGGAGUUGUACGCAAACCUUCCAAGGAGCUCCACUAAGCGGAAGUCCUUAGAUGAUAGCGAGCUGGAGAGCCCCACAGAUGAUGUCUUCUACCCUGGGCGUUCGCCUGCUGCCAGCUCCUCCCAGUCCAGUGCGUGGCCUAAUGACAUGGAUUCAGUGCAGCACCAUUUGGCGAGUGUGCAGGAGAGGAAGAUAAAACAUGAAAACGAUGGCGUGCAGUUUCCUUACCAUGGACUGUCCUCGCCUGGUUCACUUAAGAAGCCGGGGAAGUUUGAUUUCAACGCCCUGACUUCCCAGACGAGGUCUCCCCGCAUGGCGUUCACACACCACCCGCUGCCUGUGCUGGCAGGAGUGAGACCAGGGAGUCCCCGUGCCUCAGCCUCAGCCCUGCACUUCCCUUCCUCCUCUAUCAUCCAGCAGUCCAGCCCGUACUUCACCCACCCCACCAUACGCUACCAUCACCACCAGGACCCGCUUAAGGAGUUUGUGCAGUUUGUCUGCACCGACGGCACAGGCCAGCCCAGCGCACAGCCUAAUGGAGGUGGCCAGAGCAAAAUGCCGGGCUCCUUCCUGCUGCCCCCGCCACCCCCGGUGGCUCGCCCUGUGCCCCUCCCCAUGCCCGACUCUAAAAGCAUCAGCACGCCGACUGACGGCGGACUCAGCUCACCCGCAUCUCCGUCAUACUCCACGCCAGGCUCCACAGCUCCCAACCGGUUUGUCGGCAUCGGAACACGGGACAACUUUCUGAAUAUCCCCCAGCAGACCCAGUCCUGGUUCCUCUGACAAGGCCUCUCUGAAUCAACAGCUAAAAUUGUGUCAUGAAAAUUGGAAAUUUGACAAAACAAACACAUCGCCGCUGAAAAAGAACAAACUGCUGACACUAAAAGGUCUUUCUCUCUCGCCAACACUAUUCAAAGUACUACUAUAGAACCCCAAAAAACCCCACGCUGCCCCAAGAGGACUCCCAAUUCAACACGAUUUGAACAGGAACAUUCGUCCCCUUUUGCACAGGAGUCUUCAACAAGAUUGAGUGGACAGACUCAGAAUGCAAGGAGGAGGAAGAAGAUGAGAAACUGUCUCACACACCGUGAAUUGUCAGAAAGGAAACACAAUAUGGCAAACUGACAAAUGACCAAUUAUACAUUUGUUGUUUCUUUUCUUUUCUUUUUUUUUUUUUAAUGAUUUUUUUCCAUUUUGUUGUCUCCACAAUGAAACUCCAUGCAUUGGCUGGGAGAUCCAAAAAAAGAACAAGUAGUGGUAAAUGGUGAAGUCAGAUGUGCAAGUUGUAAAGAUUGCCACCCAAAUAGCACGCCUCCAUAUCUGCGCAUCUCUCCUCCAGGUACAUGGUCUCACCUGACACCCACCACCCCACACAGCCUGUCCCACCUGGAGCUCGGUGCUUGUCAGGGGCAAAACCGUAACUGCAGCCUCGUAGUUGAGUGUCCCCUCACCCCACUGUUUCAUCCGCUCAGCCCUGAGCCUGUUUCACUUCAGAUUGGCCAAUCAUGCUGGCACCAUCCAGUCCAAUGGUGUGACACAUAUGCACUAAGUGGCUGGUCUUUGUUUACCUGUCAAUGUACCAGGGUGUCCUGCUAUGGGAGAAACGACGGCCAUGAGGCACGAAGGCAAGAAGGUGAACACACAGAUAGUCAUAACACUAACUCUACACGUGCUCUCUCGUCCCCUUACCUAUGCACUAUUAAUUUUUUUUAAGGGAUGAACAGUAUUGCACACUGAUGGUCAGAUGAGCGAUUAGAGAAGUGAAUCGAGGCUGCAGGUAUGGGGGCUGUGCUAACAUCAGAGUCUAGGCCCUGAAAGAUACAGCACUCACAUGCACACACACAUGCAAGCUUGCAGGCAGCACAUGCAGACCAACCUUUCCAGAAAAGUCGGUCACAAAACCACUCACAAAAUCAUCUUGUUUUAAUCCAUAGAUAUUGAUUUUACAACAAGGCACACACAGCAUCGGCUUCAUAUUAUUUGCUUUAAUUUUGUUUGUAGUUGUUUACUUGCGAUUUUUUUUCUUUUUCCAGAUUUGGUUUUGGUUUUGUCUCAGCUGGAUUGUUUUAACCUUCUCUUGCAUGUCAUAACAUUUUUCUUUAGUUUGCAGUAACACAUAGUAUCACGCUCGAAUUUCAGCAAAAUGGAAACAGCAGUUUCUCAAAUUUCUCAUGUAUGGACAGCACAGUAACGACAGCUCAUCACACGCAACCCUGGCAUUGCUUCACCCCUUGUCCCGUAGUCUAUUCACAAGAAAACCCAGAGGAUUACACACACACACACACGCACACAGAUGCACAUAUAAAAUAACACCACCAACAACCUGGUUUAAAUUUAUAAAGGGAAGCCUUUAUACUGGUUCUCCAAACUGCCUUUUAAUGGUUUUUCAUUCAUUUUAAAAUUUGUAUUUUUAAUUUGACAUAUUUUUCUAUGUAAAUGUUCACACUGAAAUCGCUGUUGGUAUUAUUUUUUGUCAUGACACAAUCCAACAAAAGCCGACCUCACAAAAUAACUGGACUGCCUAGCUGUUGGUUCUGUUUUUGCAGGGAUAGUAAACAGGGCUGAGGGCUUGUUCUCAGCCUCUCUAGUAACAUUAGCUCUAUGUACUAAAACCAUAUAUCGAGACUAUAACAAUAUAUGGAAGUGCCUCUGUAUUCCCUUCAUGCAAUUAGUAAUAAACUUGACUUCAGGUUCUCUUCCCACAUAUAAGCUAAAGCUACAUGGGCAUGGUAGCGUUGGUGCAUGUGGAAACCAUUGGCCUAGGACAGAUCUUUAUAGAGGACUGCAAACUCUUUUUUUUUUCUUUUUUUUUUGUAAAAACAGAGAGAGAGAUCUUAUACAUAUAUAUUUAUGAUAUAUGCUCCUUUGUAACUUUUACUACGAGCUUGUUGGCAGUCUAGUUAUUUUCUGAACUCUCACCCCCGCUCACUACCCCCCUCCCCCACCCCGCCCCACAACCCGUUUCAGUAACAUCACCAUAUUGUUACCAAUACGAAUUAAACGACACACGCCAUUGCCAUCUGCUGCGCAGCAUUAUAAUACCUAGAUGAACAUGUCAAAAAUCGACAGUAGGUUUGAAGAAAAAAAAGUGUUUGUUUUUUGAUGGAAAGUAUUAUUAUUGAAAAAUAUGUGUCGAUUGAGCCACGUGCAAUGCAUUGGGUAGAUCAUUGUGUUUGUCUGUUAGAGAUUUUUAAGAAAGCUAAGAGAAAAGAGAAAAAAAAAUGUAUUUGUUUCAAGUCCAUAUGCUCCGGGACUCUAAACUAGAGGGCCACGAGAAAUCCUAGUCUUUGUAAGUUGGGGGUAUUUGUUUUUAUUUCCUUUGUCUCUUUUUUAAUGUUAUAUGUGUAAUCAUUUGUUUAUAAAAAUGUGGGAGGGCUGAAGGAAAAAAAAAUGUACACAACUUCAGAAAAAAAAAUCUCUAUCAUCAGAUGAAAAACUGGUGCUUUAACACUAUAAAGUACAUUCAGAACUAUUAUAAAUGAGUGAACAAAAAUAACAGACCAUUUAGGAAACUGCAUUAUUCCUCUCUCUAUUUGUAUUCUUCUAUUUGUAUUAAGUGGGGGGAGAGGUUCCUAUUCCUUAAGGUUGUGACACAAAAGGCAUUUUGGUUCAACCCUUAGAAGAAAUAAAGCAAACCUAUACUGUCGAGCCCAAGAAACUCUUUAAAUAACCUACCCGCGCACUGCCUGAAACUCACCAGCAAAUAAAGCAAACAAAAAAACCCUCCCAGUUAAUUCAUUUUAUCACAUACAUUGGCAUUGACACAUGACAAGUCUCUCCCAGUACUGCCGGAGAGACUUCACAUCCCAAAAUCAGUUUUUUCCCAUUAUCAUCCGAGUAUGUUUCUAAAUCUGGAGUUGGAUGGAGCUCAGCAGGCUGUGUUGAGACACCUGACGUUGAAGUGGACCGAGACCUUCUGUACAGUUAGCAGAAAAGGGGUAAAAGAAGCUUUUAAUCUGGCAUACAUAUGAGGUCUGAGCCAUUUGUGAAACAGGCAGCAAGGUGAGCCUCUCCCCUGUUCCACCCCCUCCUCUGUAAAUGACUCUUAUAGUGCUUGUGCUGUAGUGUAUAGUUUCCCAGCAGUUAAAGGUUGUCCCUUGAAAGUGCCUUUUGUUCACAGACUCCAUUUUGUAAUCAAGAUGGCCCUUUUUUUUCUUUUCAUUUGUUUUUUUCCUUGAAACAGCUUGAGGUAGCAGGUUGCCCCUGAGUGCUGUAAGGAGGCAAAAGGUCACCACCCAUUCAGCGAUCAGGGGCACCUCUUUCCUCCGGCUCCGAAAAUGAAUUCCCUCCAUUGUUCCUUCCCUUCUAUCCUCUCUUCCUUUUCAAAUCUAUAUAUAUAUAUACACAUAUAUAUAGUACAAAAGGAAACUGGUGUGAAUUAGUUCUUUACUUUUUAUUGAUAAAUGAGAAAAAAAAUUGAAAAGGCAAAAAAACUUGUUCUCGUUCAGCUCUUGCUUUUUUCUUCCCCUCUGUCUCCACUGUCUGUUUUCUCUUAGACACUGGAGUAGUCUGUAACUGUGUGUCUGUCACUCUCCGUCUCUCUCUCUCUCUCUCUCUUUCUCUCUCUCUCUCUCUCUCCUGCCCUCUCCGCUGUUGGGAGGAUGAAAAAAAAAAUAUUGCCGAAAAACUUUUGUCUGAGCAGAAUGCAGUUAGCUCACAUGUUAUUCUUGUCUGUAUGCUUCACAUUGUAUUACCAUACCCAUCUUCUUCAGCUUCUCCAUUCAGCAGCUAAUGUAAGUGAACAAAUUACGCUGACGGGCUUUUGGGGGUGUCCUUGGGUGGGUUAGGAAGGGACGACAGUGGUUCAGGGGUUUGGGUUCAAGAGGUUUAAGGGGAAGAUUAAUAGGGUUGAGAGGGAUAGAUGAACUGCUUUGGGAAGUUGGAAAGGGGCUGCAUGGGCUAGGAUAAGAGUUUGCUCUUUUUUUAAGGUAUUUAUUUUUUGGCUUUGUUUUAUUCCCUCUUUUUUGUUUCCUUUUUUAAUUUGGAGUUCUUUUCAUAUUUGCUAUCAGGGUAUGCUGUCGUUUAGGCUCUCUUUGAGUAUGCCUUGGACUGUAAAAUGAAAGCUACAAGCACCUUAUAACCGGACUUGUCGUGCAUGAGGCUGAAAGAGGGGCGACGCUUUUCCAGCAUAAAUACCACAUCCAUUUAAACCAAUCUUAUAAAGUGAAUCUUUUUUUUUCUUUAUUGCUAUUUUUAAGGUGGGUUUCACACACCGAAAUCCUCAGCAGUAUUAGCCAUUUUCCACACAUCAACCAGAUAGAAAAAGGCCAGCAUGAACCUGAUCUCUCAGAUUUUUGAGGAUCCAGGGAGUCCCUCCAUUUUUCUCCUCCGACCACCUCAUGCAGGAUUAAUCCGUGUCUUUGUUCUGUUGUUUAUUUUAGUUCUUUUUCUUCUUAAGUGUGUAUGGUUUAAUGGUGAAUUAGGCAGCACCCUUGGCCCCCUCACUCCCAAGUCUUCUAUGCCUCUGUCUAUGCCCUCAGUGCAGCACCACUUCUUUGUGAGAACACCCCCAGAGCUCUAGGUGAAAUGCAUGUGUUAAUUACAGUUUCUUUUCCAUAAGAAGAAAAACACAGUUUGAGAAGAGCAGCACCUGAUUGAAUAAAAAGGAUGUUCUUGACUGUA